CCAUAUCGCCAACUCCAUCUCCAUCUCCGCUCUUUCCUCGCGUUUUCCCUCCCACCAUUAAUUAAUUCCUGUGAUAUCAGGCCUGCCUCUCAGUCCGGUCUUAUCCCCAACCUAGCUAGCUUAUAUAUGCACUGCUCAGCCUCAGCUACACCCUUAGAACAGUCCUGAGCAGUUUACCUCCGGUGGAGAGCGUCAAGCUAACUAGCCAAGAUAUAUAGCUCCAGAGUCAAAAUUACUUCAAUUCAUGGAUUCUUCAACGUGGGUGAACACUUCUCUUGGCCUCAAUCUUGUUGCUAACGACUCACUCCAAGCCAUGGACGAAGGUCAACCUCCUGUACCGACUAUCACGAAAAAAGUAGGAGAGUUUGAAGGAGAAUAUGAUAUAUUUGAAAGCAACCUACGAUCAGUGAAACAGGAGCAGGCAGGUGCAGGUGGUAGUGUAUUAAUGGCUCAGGAGUUAAAUAGAAUAAGUUUGGAGAACAAGAAACUGACUGAGAUGCUAACUGUACUAUGCGAGAAUUACAACUCUCUGGAAGCUCAUGUAAAGGAGUUGAUGACCACCAAACAGCUGGCCUCUGAGAACGAGUCGAUGAUCUUAGGAAAUAACUGCUUGAUCAAGAAGAGAAAGUCACCAGUUGAUGAUCAUCAAGACUACUGCAAUAACGUCAAUAUGAUUGGAUUUACUACAAAUACAAGUACUGGGGAGACAAGCUCCAGUGACGAAGAAGCAUACAAAAGGCCCAAGGAGAUGAGCAACGUCAACUUGAAGAUUUCUAGGGUUUAUGUUCGCACUGAUGUCUCUGAUACGCGCCUGAUUGUGAAGGAUGGAUAUCAAUGGAGGAAAUAUGGUCAAAAGGUCACCAGAGAUAAUCCUUCUCCUAGGGCUUACUACAAGUGCUCUUUUGCCCCAACUUGCCCAGUUAAAAAGAAGGUUCAAAAAAGUGCGGAAAAUCCAUGCCUAUUAGUGGCUACAUAUGAAGGGGAACACAACCACAUACUCCCCGCCGAACCUCAAGUAAUAACAAUAGAUCACGGUGAUCAUCAAGGCCAAGGUCGAAAUCUAAUUACUACUGCCCUACCAUUACGUCAUGAUCAUUCCAGUAUUAGUUUGGCACCCAAGAGAUCAUCAUCACCAUCUUCAAGUCCUACUACCGUGUCUAUGUCUAUGUCGUCGUCAUCUGUACUUGACAGUUCAACAGAACCGGGUUCAUCAUUUGGUUACAAACCGAAUCAAGGAAGGCAAGCUUCCGAUGAUAUUUAUGAAGAGAAGGCUACUACUUUCCAACAGCUUUUGGUCCAACAGAUGGCUUCUUCGUUGACAAAAGAUCCCAAUUUCACAACUGCUCUUGCUGCUGCAAUUUCUGCAGGAAGAUUUAAUAUUUUAGACCAGCCUCAUCCUCAUCCUCCCAUCCCAAAAUGGUGACCGAAUUGCUGUAUCUUUAUAAAUUAAUUAGUUAACAAGUUAGAGCUAGAGAUAGAUAUAUAUCAAAGAUCGAAUAGAUCCAUUAUCCAUGUGGCCUUUCUCCUGUUUUUUCAAGUUUCUGUCUAUUGAUAUCUAUGUCCUUUCAGAGUUGUAAACUGCUCUUCUGUGUAUAUAAAUAUUCUCGUAGUUUGAAGAACUGGAGCUGGUUAUAUAUUCUAAUUAGUAA